AUGGAACCUCUAUAUGGGAACGUAGCAUUAGAGCCGAUGGAUACGGGCGAGGUACCUCCCCCUCCGCCAACUGCAGAUCAGCUUUUAGAAGAAAAGGCUAGAAAGUGGAAGCAGUUGCAAUCGAAACGUUAUGCGGAGAAAAGGAAAUUUGGAGUUGUCGACACACAGAAGGAAGAAAUGCCUCCAGAACAUGUGCGAAAGAUCAUCCGUGAUCAUGGUGACAUGACAUCCCGUAAAUUCCGACACGAUAAAAGAGUUUACUUAGGGGCUUUGAAGUACAUGCCCCAUGCAGUUCUCAAGUUAUUGGAAAAUAUGCCCAUGCCAUGGGAGCAGAUUAGAGAUGUUAAGGUACUUUAUCAUAUUACUGGAGCAAUCUCCUUUGUCAACGAGACACCACGAGUUAUCGAACCCGUGUACCUGGCACAGUGGGGAACGAUGUGGAUUAUGAUGAGACGAGAAAAGCGAGACCGACGCCAUUUCAAGCGUAUGCGAUUUCCUCCCUUUGAUGACGAAGAACCGCCUCUCGAUUAUGCGGACAACAUUCUCGAUGUGGAACCUCUAGAGCCGAUUCAAAUGGAAUUGGAUCCAGAGGAGGAUCAAACUGUUACUGAAUGGUUUUAUGAUCACAAGCCGCUUCAUAAUUCAAGGCGAGUUGGAUACUUUAAUUUGUUGUGCAUCCCCUCUUUGCUACUGAAAAAAUUCGUGAAUGGCCCUACAUACAGACGAUGGGCCUUCAGUAUUCCUAUAAUGGCCACGCUUUAUCGUCUCGCAAAUCAACUUCUGACUGACUUAACUGAUGACAAUUAUUAUUAUCUCUUCGAUUUGAAGUCAUUCUUCACCGCCAAAGCUCUCAACGUGGCGAUUCCCGGAGGACCCAAAUUUGAGCCUCUUAUAAAGGACAUCAAUCUGGACGAAGAUUGGAACGAGUUCAAUGACAUCAACAAGGUGAUUAUUAGAGCACCAAUCCGGACAGAAUAUCGCAUCGCAUUCCCGUAUAUGUACAAUAACCUCGUCAAUGCGCUACCUGUCCAAGUUUCAUGGUACCAUACUCCGUCCGUAGUGUACAUCAAGACGGAAGAUCCAGAUCUCCCUGCCUUCUACUUCGAUCCUCUUAUCAAUCCGAUCACGAUCAGUGGUCUGGAAAGGACCGCAGAAAAUCUCCCAGACGAUGACGAAAUGAACGAAUUUGAACUUCCGGAAGAUGUUGUGCCCAUUUUCGAAGAGGUACCGCUGUAUACAGACAACACAGGUAACGGUAUAGCCUUAUUAUGGGCACCACGCCCAUUCAACAUCCGAUCUGGGCGCACGCGAAGGACCAUUGAUGUUCCUCUAGUGAAGAGUUGGUACCGCGAGCAUUGCCCAGCAGGAAUGCCCGUAAAAGUACGUGUAUCUUACCAGAAGUUGUUGAAAGUGUUCGUAUUGAAUGCACUCAAACAUCGUCCUCCUAAACCGCAGAAGCGAAGGUACUUGUUCCGCUCGUUCAAGUCAACUAAGUUCUUCCAAACUACAACUCUAGAUUGGGUAGAAGCUGGACUGCAGGUCUUGCGACAAGGAUAUAAUAUGCUUAAUCUUCUUAUCCAUCGUAAGAAUCUCAACUAUCUCCACUUGGAUUAUAAUUUCAACUUGAAGCCUGUAAAAACGCUAACGACCAAGGAGCGUAAAAAGUCACGUUUCGGUAACGCUUUCCACUUGUGUCGUGAGAUUCUGCGUCUAGCGAAACUUGUUGUGGACGCACAUGUGCAGUACAGGCUCAACAAUGUCGACGCUUACCAACUUGCUGAUGGCUUGCAAUACAUUUUUGCGCAUGUUGGGCAAUUAACUGGAAUGUACCGGUACAAGUACAAACUAAUGAGACAGAGAUGGCUUGGAAAUCUGCUAUCAAGGCAGUUCGAGGGUCGUCAUUCAAAGGGUGUUGCAAAGACUGUCACCAAGCAGAGAGUAGAAUCUCACUUUGAUCUGGAGCUGAGAGCUGCCGUAAUGCAUGAUAUUUUGGAUAUGAUGCCUGAAGGUAUCAAGCAGAACAAGGCUCGUGUAAUUCUGCAACAUCUCAGCGAAGCUUGGCGUUGUUGGAAGGCUAAUAUCCCGUGGAAAGUUCCUGGGCUGCCGACUCCUGUAGAGAAUAUGAUUCUUCGUUAUGUUAAAGCCAAGGCUGAUUGGUGGACCAAUUCAGCUCACUAUAACAGAGAGCGUGUUCGCAGAGGUGCAACCGUGGACAAAACUGUCUGCAAGAAGAACUUAGGAAGGCUUACUCGGUUAUAUUUGAAGGCAGAACAAGAGCGACAGCACAACUAUCUGAAAGAUGGACCGUAUAUUUCGGCUGAAGAAGCUGUAGCCAUCUACACUACGACUGUACAUUGGUUGGAAUCUCGUCGAUUCUCUCCUAUUCCUUUCCCACCUCUGUCAUACAAGCAUGACACGAAGCUUCUGAUUCUGGCUCUUGAGCGUCUCAAGGAAGCGUACAGUGUAAAGAACAGGCUAAAUCAGUCUCAAAGAGAAGAGUUGGCUUUGAUUGAGCAGGCUUACGAUAAUCCUCAUGAGGCACUGUCUCGUAUCAAACGUCAUAUGCUCACGCAGAGGGCGUUCAAGGAAGUCGGCAUAGAAUUCAUGGAUUUGUACACUCAUUUGAUCCCUGUAUACGAUAUUGAGCCACUGGAAAAAGUAACAGAUGCAUAUCUCGAUCAAUAUCUCUGGUACGAGGCUGACAAGAGAAGAUUGUUCCCUUCAUGGGUGAAACCUGGUGAUACCGAGCCUCCUCCAUUGUUGGUUUACAAAUGGUGUCAAGGAAUCAACAAUUUGCAGGAUGUUUGGGAAACUGGAGAGGGUGAAUGUAACGUCAUGAUGGAGGCUAAGCUCGAGAAGGUUGCUGAAAAAAUGGAUCUUACGCUUCUUAACAGAUUGCUGAGGUUAAUUGUGGAUCACAACAUUGCUGACUAUAUGUCUUCCAAAAACAACGUUCUGAUUAACUACAAGGAUAUGAAUCACACAAAUUCGUUUGGGAUCAUUCGUGGUUUGCAGUUCGCAUCGUUCAUUGUGCAGUACUACGGCUUAGUUUUGGAUCUCCUCAUCCUUGGUCUUCGUCGGGCUUCGGAAAUCGCAGGUCCUCCGCAAUGCCCCAACGAAUUUCUUACUUUCCAGGAUAUCGCUACGGAAACAGUGCACCCAAUCCGUCUUUAUUGCCGAUACAUUGAUCGGAUUUGGAUAAUGUUCAGGUUCACGGCUGAUGAAGCGCGCGAUCUUAUACAAAGGUAUCUCACUGAACAUCCAGAUCCAAAUAACGAGAACAUCGUUGGAUAUAACAAUAAGAAAUGUUGGCCACGUGAUGCUAGAAUGCGUUUGAUGAAGCAUGAUGUGAACUUGGGUAGAGCUGUUUUCUGGGAUAUAAAGAACCGACUUCCUCGUUCGGUGACAACGAUUGAGUGGGAGAACGCCUUUGUAUCGGUGUACAGCAAGGAUAACCCGAAUUUGCUUUUUGAUAUGGCUGGUUUUGAAUGCCGUAUUCUGCCGAAAUGCCGCACGACUGCUGAAGAGAUCACUCACAGGGACGGAGUGUGGAAUUUGCAGAAUGAGGUCACCAAGGAGCGUACAGCGCAGUGCUUCUUGAAAGUCGAUGAAGAGUCCAUGUCGAAAUUCCACAACAGAAUUAGACAAAUUCUGAUGUCUUCCGGUUCAACAACAUUCACAAAGAUUGUCAAUAAAUGGAACACUGCUCUCAUUGGUCUCAUGACCUAUUAUAGGGAGGCUGUCGUUAACACGCAAGAGCUGCUAGAUUUGCUCGUGAAAUGUGAGAAUAAAAUCCAAACUAGGAUAAAGAUUGGACUCAACUCUAAGAUGCCAGCAAGAUUCCCUCCGGUUGUGUUCUACACGCCAAAGGAAAUUGGAGGCUUAGGAAUGCUUUCUAUGGGUCACGUGUUGAUUCCACAGAGUGAUCUGCGUUGGAUGCAGCAGACAGAUGCUGGAGGCAUUACCCAUUUCCGAUCAGGAAUGACUCAUGAUGAGGAUCAGCUUAUUCCUAAUUUAUACCGAUACAUUCAACCGUGGGAAGCUGAGUUCAUCGACUCACAGCGUGUAUGGGCCGAAUACGCGUUGAAGCGUCAGGAGGCGAAUGCCCAAAAUCGUCGACUGACUCUGGAAGAUCUUGAUGAUUCGUGGGAUCGUGGUAUCCCACGUAUCAAUACCUUGUUCCAAAAAGAUAGACACACUCUCGCCUAUGAUAAGGGAUGGCGUGUGAGGACCGAGUUCAAAGCUUAUCAGAUUCUGAAGCAAAAUCCUUUCUGGUGGACUCACCAGCGACACGACGGAAAGCUGUGGAAUCUGAAUAACUACCGUACUGACAUGAUUCAAGCGCUUGGUGGUGUUGAAGGAAUUCUUGAGCACACACUGUUCAGAGGCACCUACUUCCCAACUUGGGAAGGGCUGUUCUGGGAGCGAGCGUCUGGCUUCGAAGAAUCCAUGAAAUUCAAGAAGCUGACCAAUGCUCAGCGAUCCGGUCUGAACCAAAUCCCCAAUCGUCGUUUCACAUUGUGGUGGUCUCCGACAAUUAACAGAGCAAAUGUCUAUGUUGGUUUCCAAGUGCAGCUGGAUCUUACUGGAAUUUUCAUGCACGGAAAGAUCCCAACACUCAAGAUUUCCCUUAUACAAAUAUUCCGUGCUCACUUGUGGCAGAAAAUUCACGAGUCUGUUGUUAUGGAUCUGUGUCAGGUCUUCGAUCAAGAAUUGGAUGCUCUUGAGAUUCAAACUGUACAAAAAGAGACUAUCCAUCCCAGAAAGUCCUACAAAAUGAACAGCUCAUGUGCAGAUAUUCAGUUGUUUGCGCAGUACAAGUGGAAUGUUUCUCGUCCUUCAUUGAUGGCUGAUAGCAAAGACGUCAUGGAUAGCACGACGACACAGAAAUACUGGAUUGAUGUACAGCUCCGUUGGGGAGACUAUGACUCCCAUGAUAUUGAACGAUAUGCAAGAGCUAAGUUCCUCGACUAUACCACCGACAACAUGUCUAUCUACCCAUCCCCAACNCGACACAGAAAUACUGGAUUGAUGUACAGCUCCGUUGGGGAGACUAUGACUCCCAUGAUAUUGAACGAUAUGCAAGGUAAGUUGAUAGAUGAGAACUUCCAAAUGAUCGGCAGAGCUAAGUUCCUCGACUAUACCACCGACAACAUGUCUAUCUACCCAUCCCCAACGGGUCUCCUCAUUGCGAUGGAUCUCGCCUAUAAUUUGUACAGUGCUUAUGGAAAUUGGUUCCCUGGAAUGAAGCCACUUAUUCGACAAGCCAUGGCGAAGAUCAUCAAGGCCAACCCGGCUUUCUAUGUAUUGCGAGAGCGUAUUCGAAAAGGGUUGCAGUUGUACAGUUCAGAACCAACAGAACCAUAUCUUACGAGUCAGAACUACGGAGAGCUGUUCUCGAAUCAAAUCAUUUGGUUUGUGGAUGAUACAAAUGUAUAUCGUGUAACCAUUCACAAGACGUUCGAAGGUAACUUGACAACGAAGCCUAUCAAUGGUGCCAUUUUCAUCUUCAAUCCUCGUACUGGACAACUGUUCUUGAAGAUCAUUCACACAUCUGUGUGGGCUGGCCAGAAACGUCUUAGUCAGCUCGCCAAAUGGAAGACUGCAGAAGAAGUUGCUGCUCUUAUCAGAUCCUUACCAGUGGAAGAGCAACCACGACAAAUCAUUGUUACCCGAAAAGCUAUGCUGGAUCCUCUCGAGGUCCAUCUUCUCGAUUUCCCUAACAUUGUGAUCAAGGGGUCGGAGUUGAUGUUGCCAUUCCAAGCAAUCAUGAAGGUCGAGAAAUUCGGUGACUUGAUUUUGAAAGCAACUGAGCCCCAAAUGGUAUUGUUCAACUUGUACGACGAUUGGCUCAAGACGAUAUCAAGUUACACAGCGUUUUCCCGAGUUAUCCUGAUUAUGCGUGGUAUGCACAUCAAUCCUGAUAAAACGAAGGUUAUUCUGAAACCGGAUAAAACAACGAUCACUGAACCUCACCACAUCUGGCCUUCUCUCAUAGACGAGGAAUGGAUAAAGGUUGAGCUGGCUUUGAAAGACAUGAUUUUGGCCGAUUAUGGUAAAAAGAACAAUGUAAACGUGGCAUCGUUGACACAAUCUGAAGUGAGAGACAUCAUCCUUGGUAUGGAAAUAUCUGCACCCAGUCAACAACGACAACAAAUUGCCGAUAUCGAGAAGCAAACGAAAGAACAGAGUCAGGUUGAGAAGUACUGUAUUUAUGAAAAGGAGAUACGGAAAGUGAACUGCAAGCUGUGCAGGUGUGUACCCAUUAAUACACUGUUUUUCUUUAAGGUUACGGCUACGACUACUCGUACCGUGAACAAACAUGGAGAUGAAAUAAUAACAGCCACAACUUCAAACUAUGAAGCUGCAACAUUCGCUAGUCGUACGGAAUGGAGGAUUCGUGCGAUCUCGGCCACAAAUUUGCAUUUGAGAACACAACACAUUUAUGUGAGCUCCGAUGAUGUAAAAGAUACAGGAUUCACCUAUAUUCUACCGAAGAACGUUCUAAAGAAAUUCAUUACUAUAUCGGAUCUCAGAACUCAAAUUGGCGGUUUCCUCUAUGGUAUUUCACCGGCUGACAAUCCUCAAGUAAAGGAAAUCCGUUGUGUUGUACUAGUACCACAAACUGGAAAUCAUCAGCAAGUGCAGUUCCCGUCCCAUCUCCCACAGCAUGAAUUACUCAAAGAUCUGGAGCCGCUCGGAUGGAUGCACACGCAACCAAAUGAAUUGCCGCAACUAUCGCCUCAAGACGUGACCGCACAUGCGCGGAUACUAUCUGAAAACGCGACUUGGGAUGGAGAGAAGACUGUUAUCAUCACUUGCAGUUUCACUCCUGGAUCAGUGUCCUUGACUGCAUACAAGCUUACGCCAUCAGGUUAUGAAUGGGGUCGCUCGAAUACUGACCGAGGAAACAAUCCGAAGGGUUACAUGCCAACUCACUAUGAAAAGGUGCAGAUGCUGCUGUCAGAUAGAUUCCUCGGGUAUUUCAUGGUGCCUAGUGGUGGUGUUUGGAAUUAUAACUUCCAAGGUCAGCGGUGGGCGCAGUCGAUGAAGUAUGAUGUAUGCCUUGCUAAUCCAAAGGAAUACUAUCACGAGGACCACCGGCCUGUGCACUUCCACAACUUUAAGGCAUUUGACGAUCCUCUUGGUAUAGCUAUGGCUGAUCGCGAUGACAGUUUUGCAUAG